GCCGGCGCCUGGCACCGUCCGGGUGAGAGAGGCUAAACGGAGGAGGGCGAGGCAGGUGCUGACGCCAGUCCUGCUCCGAGAACCGCUUUUAGAAGCAAGGUUCUGGCAGGCGACAGCCGGCAACCUAUUUCGCUUCUUAAGCGACAGGCGCGUUCCCUGAAGCUUCAGAAGCUCGGUUCCAAAUAGUAGGCGAGCUGAGCUGGGCAGCGGGAGAAAGGCACCGCCUAGCGUGCCGCCGUUCUCUCCUUCCCUCCACUUUCAGCUACACGCCGGAAAAGUUGCUUCUUGCCCGGUUCGGCCGCCCCUCUCGCUUGGCGCCCUGCAGCCUUAGAAGAAGAGGACUCUAGGCGGGCGCGCGGGGUUCCGGCCCAUGUAGCACCGGCUACCAGGCCCCAUGGAAAACUACGUGAUUAGCGGCGAGCAGCCGGGACUUAGCGGGAACGCCGAGCAGGUCAGCCCUCCGAACGGCGCCGAAGCAUUUGCAGCUUCCGAAGGGACCCCGGGAGUCGUUGCUGACGGCGGCGGAGAGGCGAGCACACGCUCGCGGUCGCUCCGAGCCGUGUAUGUGGUCAACGAGAAUCCGAAAGGAAGCUCCGGGUCGCGAAGUCCCGAAGUUGGAGCGUUGCUGUGCUUGGUGCGAGCUUGUGAGGCCGCCGGAGCUCAGCUGACCACCGUCAACUUCGGAGAGCUGGACUUCGGCGAAACGGCCGUGCUGGACAUCUUCUACGACGCGGAUGUUGCAGUAGUGGAUAUGAGUGAUUUUUCCAGGCAACCCGCCCUGUUCUACCACCUUGGGGUACGUGAAAGCUUUGAUAUGGCCAAUAAUGUUAUACUUUACCAUGAUACGGAUGUUGAUACUUCUCAGUCACUGAAGGACAUGGUAUCUCAGAAAAACACAGCUGUCAGCCAUAAAUCUUUUCUUCAAGUACAUCUACCUCCAGAAUACCAUAGUGGUAGUAUGAUGGGCAAAGCUUCAAGUGGCAACUAUCACUUCAUUCCAUACACUAUAUCAUCAUGUGAUGAUUAUUUUUGUUGUGAAAGUGAUGCCCAGCGGAGAGCAUCUGAGUACAUCCAAUCUAAUUGGGAUACCAUCUUAGGCCCACUCUGUGUUCCACUAAUGGACAAGUUUAUAAGCCUCCUCAAGGAUAUUCAUAUCACUUCAGGUACAUAUUAUAAGGAAAGUCUGUUAAAUGACAUCAGAAAAGCUAGAGAGAAAUAUCAAGGAGAAGAACUUGCAAAAGAACUGGCUAGGAUUAAACUUCGUAUGGAUAAUACUGAAGUCCUGACUUCUGACAUUGUGAUAAAUUUACUCCUAUCCUAUAGAGAUAUCCAGGAUUAUGAUGCUAUGGUGAAACUAGUGGAGACAUUGGAAAUGCUCCCAACUUGUGAUUUGGCAGAUCAGCACAAUAUCAAAUUUCACUAUGCCUUUGCACUGAAUAGAAGGAAUAUCAUGGGUGACCGGGAAAAGGCACUGAAAGUGAUGCUCCAGGUCUUACAGACAUGUGAUCAUCCAGCACCCGAUAUGUUUUGCCUAUGUGGGAGAAUUUAUAAAGAUAUGUUCCUUGAUUCAGACUAUAAAGACAACAGUAGCCGAGACAAAGCCAUUGAAUGGUAUCGUAAAGGGUUUGAGCUCCAGUCAACUCUGUAUUCUGGAAUUAACCUUGCAGUCUUGCUGAUUGUUUCAGGGCAGCAAUUUGAAACUUCCAUGGAACUGAGGAAAAUAGGAGUACGGUUAAAUAGUUUAUUGGGAAGAAAAGGGAAUCUGGAAAAAAUGAACAAUUACUGGGAUGUUGGACAGUUUUUCACUGUAACCAUGUUGGCCAGUGACAUUGGUAAAGCUGUCCAAGCAGCAGAGAGACUUUUCAAAUUGAAACCACCCAUUUGGUAUUUAAAAUCCUUGGUACAAAAUCUCACAUUAAUUCAGCAUUUCAAGAAACUGACCAUAGAACAUUCUCUGAGGCAAGAAAGACUGAACUUCUGGUUGGAUAUAAUUUUUGAGGCAACCCAAGAAAAAACAAAUGGAUUAAGAUUCCCAGUAUUAGUGAUAGAGCCAACCAAGAUAUACCAGCCUGCAUAUGUUUCAAUCAAUAAUGAAACUGAUGAUAGGACAGUUUCCCUUUGGCAUGUAUCACCUGCAGAAAUGAAACGAAUUCAUGAAUGGAAUUUUACAGCUUCUUCUAUUAGAGGAAUAAGCAUAUCUAAAUUUGAUGAACGAUGCUGUUUCCUCUAUGUCCACGACAACUCUGAUGACUUUCAAAUCUAUUUUUCUACAGAGUGUCAGUGUAGUAGAUUCUGUGCUUUGGUUAAGGAGAUCUUCAUUGAUGCUGUAGGAAAUACCCUGGAACUUGAAGGAGAGAUUGAUGGUGAUAUAUUAGAAUAUGAAUAUGACUAUAAUGAGAAUGGAGAUAGAGUUGUAUUAGGGAAAGGAAGCUAUGGAAUAGUUUAUGCUGGAAGAGAUCUUAGCAAUCAAGUUCGAAUAGCCAUCAAAGAAGUACCAGAAAAAGAUAGCAGAUAUUCUCAGCCACUGCAUGAAGAAAUUGCUCUUCACAAAUAUCUAAAACACCGAAAUAUUGUUCAGUAUCUUGGUUCUGUUUCUGAAGAUGGAUAUAUUAAAAUCUUCAUGGAACAAGUGCCUGGUGGAAGUCUUUCUGCACUCCUUAGAUCAAAAUGGGGACCAAUGAAAGAGCCCACCAUUAAGUUUUAUACCAAGCAGAUACUAGAAGGUUUAAAAUAUCUCCAUGAAAAUCAGAUUGUACACAGAGAUAUAAAAGGAGACAAUGUUUUAAUUAAUACAUACAGUGGAGUAGUAAAAAUUUCUGAUUUUGGAACUUCUAAACGCCUUGCAGGAGUCAAUCCAUGUACAGAAACAUUUACAGGUACUUUGCAGUAUAUGGCCCCAGAGAUUAUUGAUAAGGGCCCUCGAGGAUAUGGGGCACCAGCUGAUAUAUGGUCCCUGGGAUGUACUAUCAUUGAAAUGUCAACAGGAAAGGCUCCAUUUCAUGAACUUGGGGAGCCACAAGCAGCCAUGUUCAAAGUUGGGAUGUUCAAAAUUCACCCCGAAAUCCCUAAAUCACUUUCUGCUGAAGCUAAAGCUUUUAUCUUACUUUGUUUUGAACCUGAUCCAAACAAACGUGUUACAGCAUCUGAUUUAUUUAAAGACUCAUUCUUAAAGCAAGUGAACAAAAGCAAGAAAAAUAGAAUUGCAUUCAAACCUUCAGAUUACAGUCGUAGUGCUUCUCUGCCUCUGCCAGUCCACAAGGAGCAGACUGGCAGUAGUAGCAGUGAGCCUGGCUCUGUCUCUCCAGACUCUGAUGUGCAAUCUGACAUGUUUGAAAAAGCAAAGCGUUCUCUUUCUGAAGUGCAAUCAAAGAGUCCCAUUUCCCAUUUAUUAAGUGUUCCUGAUGACAGCUCAAUUCCAAAUGAGCGAAAUUCCUCUCCUUUCCUUGAUGAAAAAGAUUCUGGUCUUUUCUUACUGAGGAAGGACAGUGAACAUCGUGAAAUUCUUAAUAAAAUACUUAAGGAAGAGCAGAAUCAAGUAGCUUCUAAUCUACAAGUUUGUAUAGCACAGAGUUCUGAAGAGCUGCGUCUUUCAGUUGCUCACAUUAAGCAGAUAAUUGGGAUUUUAAGAGAUUUCAUACACACUCCUGAACACAGAAUUAUGGCAUCAACUAUAUCAAAGUUGAAAAUGGAACUGGAUUUUGACAAUGCUUCAAUCAAUCAGAUUCAAUUAGUAUUGUUUGGAUUUCAAGAUGCAGUGAACAAAGUAUUAAGGAAUCAUGUCAUCAAACCUCAUUGGAUGUUUGCGAUGGAUAAUAUAAUACGGCGUGCAGUUCAAGCAGCCAUCACUAUUCUUAUUCCUGAGCUUCGAACUCAUUUUGAACCAGCAUCAGAAACUGAAGUAGAUAAAGAGGAAGAUGAAAUUGAGGAAGAUUACCAGCAAGCUGAACAAGGUAGACCAGAGGAAUCAGUUACUGCUGGAGGGUACACGCUUACUUCUUCACAGUCCCCAGACACUGAACAGAAACUUAGCUUGCAGUUAAAUAAAUUAAAGCAGCAAACAAACAGGUUACUGGAAAACCUAAUACAGAGGGAAAGGGAAUACCAGACACUCCUUCAGCAAGCAUUACAGCAAAAAAAUCAAGAUUUGCAACUUCUUCAGCUCCAGUUAAAAACUACUGAAAUUCAACCAUCGUCAUCUGCUCUUCAGCACAAUGUUGAUGAAGAACUUAUCCAGUGGUUAAAACAACAAAGAGCUGAUUCAGAUGCAAUUGAUAGGUUUGUUCAAGAGGACUAUACACUCAGCGAUGUUCUAAACAGUAUCACAAAGGAGGAUUUGCAACUGCUCAGACUCCGUGGCGGACUUGUCUGUCGCAUCUGGAAUGCAAUAUUAAAACACAGAAAGCAAAAUACAGUGUUGGGGAUGGAGGUUUAGCAUUUCACUUUUGCCAGAUGCCAAUGGACUGAGA